AUGGUGCUUAAGGCGUGCUUCAUGCUACUUCUCCUUCUGGGGACUUGUACUGCUAGCUUGAAGCUGUCCGAGCAAGGCCAACUCAUCAAAAGUGGUCAUCAUGAUGAAACAACCGAUGAGCCCUCUGAAUCUUCAAAACCAUGCUGUGAUCAAUGCUCAUGCACAAAAUCAAUGCCUCCCAAAUGCCGCUGUUCAGACAUAAGGCUCAAUUCGUGCCAUUCAGCUUGCAAAUCAUGUGCCUGCACAUAUUCCAUUCCUGCAAAGUGUUUUUGUACUGACAUAAACGACUUCUGCUAUGAACCUUGCAAGUCCAGUCGUGAUGAUGACUGGGAUAACUAA